GGCUCAUAAAUACUGCAGUGUGGGCUCACGCUACCGCUGACUGGUUUUAACAUUUAUUGCCGAAGACGCAGUUUUUGUUUUAUACUGAUAAAGAAUUAUGGCAUCUGAUUCAGGCUACGGGCAGUCUGGCGCCCCACAAAGCUAUGGAAGCUAUGCUGGGUCCCAGGCUUAUAGUGGGCAGAGCUAUGGUCAAAGCAGUGGAGGAGGCAGCUCGUAUAGUGGACAGAACUAUGAAGGUUAUGGACAGCCAGCAGAGGGUCAUGGACAGUCAACACAGAAUUACUCCUCUGGUUAUGGACAGCAACCGCAAAGCUAUGAAGGUUAUGGACAGCAAAGCUCCGAGUCAUCUGGAUAUGGAGACAGCAAGCCUUAUGGUCAGCAGAGCUCUUACAGCCAACCAAGCUCAUAUGGCCAACAAAGCUCCUAUGGGCAGCAGUCUGAAGGAAGUUAUGGAAGACGCAAUGAAGGUGAUGGCAGGAGGUUUGGUGGCGAUGAUAAUGAUGAUGAUGAUGAUGAUGAUGGUGGUGACAGGUCUGAUGGAUUUAGGGGUAGAGGUCGUGGUGGCUAUGAUCGUGGAGGCUAUAACCGUGGGGGUUUCGAUCGCGGUGGCUUUGACCGAGGUGGAAGAGGAGGCCCACCUUCUGGUAUGGGUGGUGGUGACCGUGGUGGCUUCAAAAAUUACGGUGGACCCAGAGAUUUCAGUGAAAUGGAUGAUUCAGCUGAAGAACAGGACAACUCUGACAACAACACCAUCUUUGUCCAAGGUCUUGGGGAGGAGGUCGCAACUCAUGAAGUUGCUGAUUUCUUCAAACAGAUUGGAAUUAUUAAAAUCAAUAAGAAGACAGGAAAACCCAUGAUUAACCUGUACACUGAUAAAGCUACUGGCAGACUAAAGGGUGAAGCCACAGUCUCAUUUGAUGACCCUCCUUCUGCCAAAGCUGCCAUUGACUGGUUUGAUGGCAAGGAGUUCAAUGGCAAGCCCAUUAAAGUGUCAUUUGCCACCAGAAGGGCAGAGUUCACCCAGAGGGGAGGUGGCAGGGGAGCUCGUGGAGGAGGUUUCAGAGGUGGUCGAGGAGCUUUCGGUGGUGGUGGUGGUGGUGGUGGUGGUGGAGGUGGAGGAGGAGGUCCAAAUUUCGAUAUCAAAGGAGGCGAUUGGCCUUGUCCCAACAGCUCUUGUGGCAACAUGAACUUCGCAAGGAGGUUUGAAUGCAACAAAUGUGGAACACCUAAACCAGGAGACAGUUUUGGAGAUCGUGGUGGUGGUAGAGGUGGUCAUGGCGGCGACCGUGGUGGUUUUAGAGGCGGUCGAGGUGGUUUUAGAGGCGGAGACCGCGGAGGCUACAGUGGAGACCGUGGUAGUGACCGUGGCUUCGGUGGAGAUCGUGGAGGCAAUCGCGGCGGCGAUCGCGGCAGUUAUGGUGGAGACCGUGGAGAUCGUGGUGGUUAUGGUGGUGGAUACAAGAUGGGAGGACGAGGGGAGCACAGAGAGGAAAGGAGAGACCGGCCAUACUAAAGUGGAUGCCAUUCAGGGAAAGGACGGGUGUUUAAUAUUGGGUAUGAAAUUAUAGGAUGGGUCCAUUUUCAGUCUGCUUAAUUUGUUCACCAGAGCAUCUUCUACUGCGGCCAGCGACUGUCUUUGUCUAGAAAGAUCAUUGAUCUACUGUCUGAGGACUUUUGGGCAAUGUGAAAGGGGGGUGGGGUAGAGGUCAUUAUUUUUGUUACUUUCUUUUAAUUUUCCAGGUCUUGUACAAUUCACUUUGUGUUAGAUAUGUAACUGCUUUUUUGUAAGACUAUGUUUUACUUGGUGUUUUUCUUGGUAUUAAACAUGAUUCUGAUCUUAA